ACGCCCACUUUCAAACUCGGCUGAAAUAUAAACAAUGUGACUUCCUCCUUCAGCUCUGUAGAUCUCUGGUCUUGUUUCCACUGCUGUUUGAACAGAAGAUCUCUGAUUUUCAGGAAAUCUGAGCUGUGCGUUCAGUGGUGGCGUUGAAGAUGCCGUUCCUCCUGCCGCUCCUUGCCCUCCUCCUCCUGUCCGCUGCUCCCACAGUAACUGAAGUGGUGACAUCGAUGUCGGACUGUGACCAAUACUUUCUUAAUCAAAAACCACCAAAGAUUGGGGGAAUCUUGGAGGGAGGGAAAAUCCUGGACCAGAACCAAUACAAGCCCAUUUGCCAGACCUUGAAUAACUUGAGAACAUUUGUGACACUCUACGACACCACCAACAAGAUCCCAGUGUUCUCUGCUUACAAGUACACUGGGAACACAGCAGAGACACCUCCAUGGAUGAUAGAACCUCAGCUUGAGGAAAUAAACCUGAAUAAAAACAUGAAGAUUGAAGAGGAAGGGAAGUGCUACAUUAACCAGGCCAUUAAUACUGAUUACACUGACAACCAAGUAUUUAUCAAAGGGCAUUUAUUACCAUUCUCCUAUGGCUCGAACGAAAAUGGCAAAAACUCUACCUAUACACUGACCAACAGUGUUCCUCAAGUAAUAUCAUUUAAUUCGGGAAGCUGGAGUAGAAUGGAGACCUGCGUUAAAUGUGUCCUUGAUAAAUACUGCAAGGACGCAAACAGAAAAACUGAAGGCUUUGUGGUGAUUGGAGCACGACCCAGCAACAACAUCCGUCUCAAUGACAAGGUUAAUAUUCCCUCCAUGCUCUGGUCAGCUUUCUGCUGCUACAGCAGUAAACAGAAUAAGUGGUUAGCAGGGGCACACUGGGGUAAGAACAUUGAAGAUGGAGGUCCAGUGCUUCAGACCAAGACCUUGGACGAGCUCCAUCAAGAACUGGGAGAACCAUCUGAAGCAUUCCCUGGAUCACAGUGUCCACCUGACACCACUGUCACCCACCUUUACCCUCAACUCAGUAAGGACUGUAACUGCCCAGCACCCGUUUAAACAACUGGUGGUUUGGUAGCUGGUUUAUUAAAUGCAAUAGGAGGUGCUCUUUCAGGAUUGGCAGCAGCAUUUUGGAGAUUAUUCGGAUGAGGAAACGGAGGUAACCUUAUCCCUCCAAUCCCACCACCUCUUGUUGGUCCAGAAACUGCGACUACUCCUCCUCUAAUCAAUGAACGUCCUAAUGCCCCAACUUUUCCCAAACCUCCUACAGCCACUUUAACGCCUGUUAUUACUUCUGGAACUCCACCCGAGGUUGUUUCUACUGUUCCUGUUGCUGCUGUCCCCUCCACUGCUCCUCUUGGCAGUAACCCCACUCCCACAACACGUCCCCGCAAAACCACCACCAUCCCAGCGAAAGCCAUCACUCUUCGUCCAUCACCUAGAACAGAUCAAUCUCCAUCCCCAUCCACAUCAGGCUAUGCCAGCCCUGCUCUGGCAACUCAGACCGCUGCCAUUUCUGAGGAAAGCACGUCUCAGAAACCUUCUUCAACUACAGCUAUGCAAACUGCCACCACCACUUUAAGCUCUACAACCUCACCUGGAACUUCAUCUACAUCUGGCCCUGUUACUUCCACAUCCGGCCAUGUCAGCACCACCUCUGGGCUAGUCAGUUCUACCUCUGGCCCUGUUACUUCCACAUCUGGCCAUGUCAGCACCACAUCUGGCCUAGUCAGUUCUUCAUCUGGCCCUGUUACGUCCACAUCUGGCCAUGUCAGCUUCACCUCUGGCCUAGUCAGUUCUUCAUCUGGCUCUGUUACUUCCACAUCUGGCCAUGUCAGUACAAAUCUACCCCUGUCAGUGUUACAUCUAGCCCUCUUACUCCCACAUCUGGCCCUGUCAGUACCACAUCUGGCCCUGUCAGUAAUACAUCUAGCCCUCUUACUACCACAUCUGGCCCUGUCAGUACCACAUCUAACCCUCUUACUACCACAUCUGGCCCUGUCAGUACCACAUCUAACCCUCUUACUACCACAUCUACCCCUGUCAGUACCACAGCUGGUCCUCUUACUACCACAUCUGGCCCUGUCAGUACAACAUCUACCCCUGUCAGUAUCACAUCUGGCCCUGUCAGUUCCACAUCUGGCCCUCUUACUACCACAUCUGGCCAUGUCAGCACCACCUCUGAGCUUUUUACAACCACACCUUCCAAUGGCAGUACUGUUCCUUCGAACUCAUCUGAUCCUCAUCUCACACCGACAACAUUUAGCUUCUCCAAUCAGUUUGUCUUUUUCUUCAAGCACCACCGGGGAUCUUUCAAACACCUCCCCUCCUUUUCCUCACAGCUUUUCUCCUAAUCGAAGCAGCACAUCAGCAUUUGAGACCUUGAGUUCUCCGUCUUCUCCCUCAGCUCCACCUCAAACCUCAAAGGCUCCUUUUCCUCCUUCAAAUGCCUCCAUCCUGUGUCCUCCUAUUGAACAAAUCUCAAUUUUUCACUAUUACCAGAAUGUCCGUGCCUACUAUCAAUACCAGCUAAACCAAUACGAGCUAAACCAAUACCAGAGUAACAACUAGCAGGAGGUUUGGGCUCAAAUAUAUUUUUUUACAAGAUCCUUUUUCUCCUGUUCCAAUUGAUUACUUGAGUUUUAACAUUGUUGUGAUGUGAUCUUAAGAAAAGUAUGAGAAUGUCCGACUAUACCUUGAAUAACAUUUUGAAACUAACAAUUUAACAGCAAUUAAAUGUCACUUCCUUAUAGCACAUUUUGUAGUUUUGCUCUUUUUGAAGAAAUUGUAUUUUCUUGAUUCUUGUUGUUGUGGGUUUGUACCCUCAUGGUUGAUGCACUUAUUGUGAGACGCUUUGGAUAAAAGCUUCAGCUAAAUGAAAUGUAAUGUAAAGAAUGAAUUCUUUGCAGCAUCCUGUGUUUUUUCCAUGCAGCUCAUAUUACUCUAAACCAAUCUUUGAAUGCGAUAUCAUUCUGCUCUCUGAUAUUUUAGUAAUUUGUUGUUUAAAAAUGUACAGCUUCUUCAUGUAACUUUGAUUUCCAUUAAAGACUGUGACUAGAUUAAA